UGACCUUUAUGUGCAGCCGCCCGUAGAGGCUGCGGCUCGUAUUCUCAUAGGCAUAAAGUCGACGCGCACGGAGACGGUUUAACCUGUAAACCCACUGUAAAUGGGUUUAUCACUACACCGGACGUUUAUUCCGCGUAUUCCCCUCACGUCUACAGUCUGUUUUGCAUGGAUAACGUCGUCCACGUCUCACCGAGAAGCCUUACUACGCAGCGGCAGCCAUAGCUUGGUCACUGACGCCGGAGCAGAACACUGUGAUCGGACUCUGCCAUGGCAGUCUUUAGUCACCAGGCGAUCCUGGCAGUCACCAGAUCAAGAGGGUCCUAUUUGUUGUCCAAGAGGCACAGCUGCUCCCCUCUUUCUUCCAAAGCUUAUCUGCACCUAGACUCUCCCCGUCACGUCUCCUCCCCAUUUCCCCCGCGACACGCCCGCCACAGCUACCCUCACUGCGCCCGGGUCCACUCCUUCAGCCGCGGCGACAGCUCCGUCCUGCUCGCCCGCGCCCUGCACAGCUCGGCCGUCUGGCUCCAGGAUAUAAAGCAGGGCGACACUAAAGCAUCUCCAGCGGCUGCCCAGGACGCUCCCGCGGCGGACAAAAAAGACUCCCCGGCGGUCGCACCUGACUCUCAGCCUCCGUCAGCUCCCGCUCCGGCGUCCACCGCCGCCGCUGUGGCACCGGCAGCCCUUCCUCCAGUUCAGGAGAAAGCAAUUGUGAAGAAAUCUCUGUAUCAGAGGACUGUGGAUGAGUUUAAACAUUACUACCAUGGCUUCAGGUUACUGGGCAUUGACACCAAGAUUGCUGGCAGGAUGGUGUGGAGGCUGCUGCAUGGGCAAUUGCUGACGCGCAGGGAGAGGAGGAGGCUGCUGAGGACCUGCGCUGACCUCUUCCGCCUGGUGCCCUUCAUGGUGUUCAUCAUCGUUCCUUUCAUGGAGUUCCUCAUUCCCGUCUUCCUCAAGCUGUUCCCAGAAAUGCUGCCCUCCACCUUUGAGACGGAGUCUAAAAAGGAGGAGAAGCAGAAGAAGGGUCUGGCUGCGAAGCUGGAACUGGCCAAGUUUCUCCAGGAGACCAUCGCUGAGAUGGCCCAAAGGAACAAAGCAAAAGCUCAGACUGAAGACGAGACCCAGAGAUUCUCCACAUAUGUUCAGAAGGUUCGGGGAACAGGCGAGCAGCCCUCCACAAAGGAGAUCGUCCGCUUCUCAAAGCUGUUUGAGGACGAGCUGACCCUUGAGCACCUAGAGCGCCCCCAGCUGGUUGCUCUGUGCAAGCUGUUGGAGCUCCAGCCCAUCGGCACUAACAACCUGCUGCGCUUCCAGCUCAUGAUGAAACUAAGAAACAUCAAGUCGGACGAUGAGAUGAUUGCAGCAGAGGGCGUGCCGGCCAUGAGCGUGUCAGAGUUGCAGGCGGCGUGUCGUACUCGUGGGAUGAGGUCUCUGGGUCUCACCACCGACCAGCUCCGUCAGCAGCUGCAGCAGUGGCUGGAUCUGCACCUGAAGGAGAACGUCCCCCCGUCGCUGCUGCUGCUCUCCAGAGCCAUGUAUCUGACCGACAUCAAACCCAAACCCCACGUCAUCCCGCCCGUUCCCAAACUAGAGAAGGCAGCUCCUCCUCCUGCUGAGAGCGCAGCAGCAAACUCAGCCUCUACCAGCGCAGAACGGCUGGCAGACCCCGCCGUCAUCAUCAAAGACAGACCGGUGGAGGAGCUGCGGGACCCGGCCCCUGUGGUGUUGGACAAACCUUUAACUCCUGCCGAGGUCCUUCAGGCUAAAGCAGCAACAGAGGUGUCCCAGAAGAGCAAGAUGAGCGCCAACGGCGCGUGAAGAGGGGCGGAGGUGCCGCUCAGACGCGCGUCUCCAGAGGGAGAAGAAGUGUCAGACGACGCCCCACUGUGGGCCCACUCCCACCUCCUGUGUUCGGACCUGUGUCCGAUCCAGGAGGUCUUUUUUUUUCUGUCCGUUUCAUCUUCUGAUUACUGAACCUUUGCUUCGCCUUCAUGUUUGCCCACUUUAAGCCCUGAAACAUUUCACCGGACUGAACCGGACCGACGGCGGCGUCUUCGACCUAACGCGUGGGAGGAGACCCUCAGACCGGUCUCUGUCGUUCCUCAUCAGCUGUCUGAUCAUCCCCUGCUCCUCUGUGUACAUUUGUAAAUAUUAUGUAUAUUUUUCUCUCUCUGUCGCACCACAGAAGCAGCAGCUUUGUACAGUUUGCUAUGCAAAGGUCAGCACUUUCUCUCGUAUCAGUCUGAUGGUUUUUAUUUGCUGAUGGUUUUUAAAAUUCCCCAGAGAAACUUCGCUGAAACCUCUUGGUCCAGUCGUCGACCCACGUUCAGUUCUCUGUCCUAAUCGUCCAAAAAAGAAGGUUAUAUAUUAAAAAUAGAUUCACUUUAAUAUAUGCAGAAUGUCAGAAAUCCUCUUUUUCUGUCUCUACUGGGUAAUGCGGUUAAUAUUUUCUCCCCCCCGCUGCUAGAUUCAGCAAAUGAAGACUGGUACAGACCUGCAGGAGGUCCAGCUCCUUAAAACUUUGGCUGUUUAGCUGCAGUCCGUCUUUGCUGGUAACCCACUGAAAGACAAAUCUGUACAAAGAUGUGCAGAUGUAUAUUUUUUUGCAUAUAUGUUGUAAAAUUUUGUGUUUGAACACUAAAAUGAUGACCUGUCCUUAAAGUAAACGGAGAAUAUACUUGAUGUUAUCCAUAUAGACAUGAUAUGUGAUAUGGGGGGAUCCUGAAGCCACAGAUGAGAUUAUUAUUAUUUUUUUUUUGUAUUGUGGCAAUAAAAGGGGUAAAUUUAUUGUGUACAGAUGGAUUUUCCCACCUUCAGUCAUUUUUGUUUCUUUUUGAUUUGGAAGAUUUCCUGUUUCCCCGUAUAAAUCCUGACAGCGACGCAGUCCGGAUCUCGUUUCUGUUUACCUGCAAGCCCUGGGGCGUCUAAAUGAAAUGAGAGGAUGUUUUUUUUUUUUUUGUUUGUUUGUUUUUUUUCUCAACCGUUCUUGGGUUUAAGUGUGUGUGCCAAACGCUUAAAGUUGCUUUAAUCCUGUCUCAGAUACAACGUGCAGUUUGAUUGGGGUGUCUAGUUUUCUGCACUUCCUGUUUUGCUCCGUAUGAAUCUGUUCUGACGCAGAUGGAAAAAAUUGUCUGUUUUUAAGCCGAACUCUAAAGGCAGUCUGUAAAAGACGAAAAAACAAAACAAAAAAAAAGUCAAUAUACUGUAGCUACUUUGCUGUGUGUGCGUGCUCUGCAAGAUCUAAAAACAAAAUCUAGAACUUCUCCUGAAUAUUAAUGUGGAUUCUCGCCUCUCCCUCCUGACAGCAGGGGUUAAGUGAGGGUUAUUGCAGCUGCGACCGCAUCAGAACAUGCAGCGCUGCAGCUCCACGUCGCUGCAGCGGCAUCCUCAGCUGAAAGGUUUUCAGACCGGUGCUUAAUGGAGCGUUUCUUCUCGUUUGUCCCCGAUGCCUUCGUUGUCAACCUUGUCCAUCUGUCUUUGUUUCUCCGUUGUCGGUAUCAGACUGUGGUUCUGUCAGGAAACUGUAUCAGCUGCAGACACUGGUGGAGUUUUUUUUUUUGUUUGUUUGUUUGUUUACGGCUCAAACGCGUCUGCUGUCUGGUUAAUCUUGCAUCAAUGUCCCAGAGCGAUGAUGAAACAAAAUUCAUGAAAUUAAACAUCAUACAACCCUUUAAA